GGCGCGCCGAGCAGGUGUCCCGGCACCGUGUCUCCGCUACCGUUUCCUCCGCACUCCGCUUGUGGAUAACUUGCUGCCCACCUACCGCACCAUGACUCUGGAAGAAGUCCGCGGCCAGGACACGGUUCCUGAGAGCACAGCCAGGAUGCAGGGCGCCGGGAAAGCGCUCCACGAGCUGCUGCUGUCGGCGCAGCGCCAGGGCUGCCUCACCGCCGGCGUCUACGAGUCUGCCAAGGUCUUGAACGUGGACCCCGACAACGUGACGUUCUGUGUGCUGGCCGCCGACGAGGAGGACGAGGGUGACAUCGCGCUGCAGAUCCACUUCACGCUGAUCCAGGCGUUCUGCUGCGAGAACGACAUCGACAUUGUGCGCGUGGGCGACGUGCAGCGGCUGGCCGCGAUCGUGGGCGCUGGCGAGGAGGCGGGCGCGCCGGGCGACUUGCACUGCAUCCUCAUUUCGAACCCCAAUGAGGACGAGUUGAAGGACCCUGCCUUGGAGAAGCUCAGCCUGUUCUGCGAGGAGAGCCGCAGCGUCAACGACUGGGUGCCCAACGUCACCCUCCCCGAGUGACAGCCCAGCGGGACCUUGGUCUGAUCGACACGGUGACGCCCUGGGCGCCUAACGCGCUGCUGGCUCUGGAGGGGCCCUCGGAGGAAGCCCGAGUGCGGCGUGGAGACUGGCAGGCAGGGGCGCCUGGAGAGCGGGGACGCGCGGCCUCCCGAGGAGGGGCCCGGCGGCAGGGCAGGCUGGCCCGAGCCGAGGACUCUGCAAGUGUCUGGAGCGGCUGCUCGCCCAGGAAGGCCGGAGGCGGGGACGUCGGCUGCAGGGCCGGGAAGGACAGACUGGCCCGGCAGGCGUGACUCAGCAGGAAGGAGGGGAAAGGCGAGGCGGCCUGGACUUGGUACAGUUGCAGGAAAGUGACGGACUUAGCAGACUGAACAGGUUUUUGAAGACGGAUCCAGGCAAUGCUUCAGUUUCUAAAGGAUGCUGCUGUUGAAGCUUUGAAUUUUUCAAUAAACUUACUGAAACAAA